AUGAGUAAGAGGCAGGAGGAAGAACUCGAUUUAUUGGUGCAGAAAAUCAAAGGUUCAUCUUCAAAGAAGAGUGGAGAAGGGAAUCCAUUCACGUGGAACUUGACUGCAAUAGGUCAGCCUACUGUUCAAUUGGAGAAGAUGAGUGAUGGAUGUGCUAGUGGAAGCUUGAAGGGAGAGAUGAAUCCUAGGGUUUCUGAGGUUCACGUGAAAAGGCAACUAACCUGGUCGAAAAAAUCAGAGAUAAAGGAAGGAUAG